GAACAAAAUAAAAACUCUUACUUCGUUGUUGUCAAACAUAACCUCUCAUUUGUUCGUUUAGUUCAGUGGAUUAAUUUUGCGAGGGAAAAUAACUGAAAGUCUAUAAUGUGGCAAUAAAGGCGAAUUUAGUGAAUGGUAUAGAGGCUUCUCUAAAACAAUUUUCAAUUAAACAUUAAUAGUUUUAUAUAUAAAUUGUCAUCAUCUUAAUUGAAACAUGUUGCACAAUUGAAGAACCUUAUGAUUAAAGUCAAAAAUAUAAAAAAUAUAUCAAAAAUGGCCCAUGCAGUUUUUUCUGGGGGUGAUACUUUGCGUCCGUUUACUGUUGCGGUAGAAGGAAAUGUUGGAAGUGGAAAAACAACCUUUUUAGAACAUUUUAAUAAGAAUGAUAAUGUUGCUGUUUUUGCUGAACCAAUAGACAUGUGGAGAAACUGCGAUGGUUAUAAUUUACUGGAACUUAUGUACAAUGAUCCUAAAAAAUGGAGUUUUACAUUUCAAUCAUAUGUUCAGCUUACAAUGUUAAGACAGCAUCAAAAGAAAAUAAAAGAGCCAGUGAAAUUAAUGGAACGUAGUUUAUAUAGUGCGAGAUACUGUUUUGUUGAAAAAAUGUCCAGAGAUAAUUUAAUGCCAGGAGCUUCUGUUGCUGUCAUAGAUGAAUGGUUCAAAUAUAUCACAACGUUAGAUCACACUAAGGUAGAUCUUUUUGUAUACCUCCGUACUUCCCCAGAAGUUGCAUAUGAGAGGAUUUUAAAACGAAAUAGAAGUGAAGAAAAAACAGUUGCAUACCAGUAUAUAAAAUCUCUACAUGAUAUACAUGAAGACUGGUUAUAUCAUAAAACUUUACAUAAAUGUACAGCCCCUGUCAUUGUAUUGAAUGCUGAUUUAGAUAGAUCGGUCAUAGAAGAAGAAUAUGAAAAAUUUGAACCACACAUACUUAAUAAAACUGCACUAGAACUUAAAAUGGCAUAAUCUGUAUGUAUGAAUUAUAUUGAUAAUCUUUAUUUGUGUUUGGAGGAGGUUUCCUGAGAUGGGUUUAUUGCUUUUCCAUAUUGCAUUUUAUUUCAGAACGUUUGUGUUUUCUCCAUUCUUUAGUGCAGACUUUGAUCUGAUCAUAGUGGAGUAUAAUCAUCCAUUGGUCAUAUCAUUUUGUGUAUGCUGUGUCAUGGCAUGCUUCUAUUUGCUUGUUUUCAGUUUACAACUACAUCCUUUGGAAUUCUUCUUUAUGUUUUAUCAAAGUUUUAAAUACAUUGGUUUUUGUUUUGUUUCAUAGGUGUAAAUUAAAAGUGUAGUUAUUAUGGUAGUUUCUGAAUAUUUGCAAUGCCUCUUUUUGAUUAAAAACCACUGGGAUUUUUUAAACAACAUGUGCCUCUACAUGAUCUAAGUUCAAUUUGUGGUGUAAUCAAUUUUUUGGAGGGAAUCAGGGAAUUCGAAAUAUAAAAAAUUCUAGAACUUAAAUAAAUAAAAAUAUUAAUAUUCGAUCAAAAUAACAAUAAACAAAAAUCUUGAUUCCCAUUUGAUGUAUUCUAUUAAAUGAAGAAAUGACAAAUAUUCAAAUUGAUAUUUUUAUUGUAAAAUUACUUAACAUUAUUUGAUAUUUAUAUUUCUUCACUCAAAGUUCUAGUGACCUUUUUUUGUUUUUUUUUUAAUUCCUUCUCUUCUAAAACCAUCUAAAAUUGGAAUGAGGAAUCAUUUCUGACUUUUAUCUUUUAUAAACAAAUCGUUGUACUCUUGCAUUAGUUUAAUGUUUAAUUAACUUGAUUGUAUAAAGGCAUGUGUUGUUUGAAUUAGAAAAAAAAUUUCCCAGUGGUUUUUCAUCAAAAAAAGCUUUAUAGAGGGCGUCGCAAAAAUGUUGAUUUUCAACUACCACUCUAGUAAUCAUUGGUGAAUAUAAUCAUACCUCCAUUAUUCAACAAAGGCUCAAUUAGACUACCUUGAGUUUUGUUCACAUGUUUUUAUAUUCCAGGUAUAAACUUAUGUUUAGGUUGACACCUUGACUAGUUUGAUAACAAAUCUAUAUUUUAUUGUAUAAUGCUAUAUAUAUGCGCAAAGUUUUAAAUGGGGAACAUGUCAAGGAGAACUGAAAAAUAUUGUAAAAAAAUGGGAUUUUAGCAUUAAUGCUGACCAAACGUGGCAAAAUUACAAUAAAUAAUAAAAGAUUGUACUUGAUUUAAUUUCUAUCUCUUUAUAGGGUCUUUAAGAUUUCAUUAUGUUACAAAUAAAAUUACAGCACUCUUGGAUGUGCUUAUACUGGCUUGUUUGAUAAAAAUUUAUUCAAAAUUUUAUUAUGGCAUUAACCACUAUUCACAAGCAAAAUUUGUUUAUUUCUCUUGGAAUUGAAUAAUACUUGCUCACACCUUUUAAAGAAAUAAUUUUCAAAGUUUGACUUAGUUCGAUUUUGAAUAAUAAUUUGACAAAACCGUCCUUUUGAUAGUGUCUAUGGGAAAUAGUCUUUGUAGUUUAUUUUUACUUUAACCAUUCAGAUGAAACAUUUUGUUUAUUGCAUUAUGAGGAACAUCUGUCUCACAGAGUGAUAUGGGAAUUUACCUUUUUUUGUGAACUGAAUCAAUAUUUUAAGGAAUUCAUUUACCCAGACAUACUUUUUUAUAUAAUAACACAUAGGUGAUUGAUAUAUCAACAGAAACUUUUUUUUAUCUAUUCUUUAAAUAGAUUGUGGAACAUAAUUGCUAACUAUCGGUCACACGCAAGAGUUAUAAUUCAAUCAAAAAAAUACCAAAUAGGUCAAUCCAGAACCAUGACCUGCCAACAUGACAAACACUAAUAUGGCCGCUGGACGACAAACAACGUGUUUAACGCUAUUAUGACCACUGGGAUUUGCUAUUUUUUCGAGGUCUGACUUUUUAUCUUUAUAUUUCAAAUCUAUAUCCCAAAUUCUGGUAAUCCAGAUUUAACGUCAUUUUAUUAUUAUUAGCAAUAUCUGCUCUUUGCCUGUGAGAAUGGAUUACUAUUUAUAACUUAAGCAAACCUACAGUAAUUUCAAAAACUGUGUAAUUAUUAAAGCUUGUAUAAUAUUUAGUUUUCUCAUCAUUUCUUAAAGCUUCGCUAAAAAGGGUAUGUUUUAGUAAUAUACUGAUAAAAGCUAACUUGGUAAAAGGAUUAGAUUGUCUUCUGAUGAUAAAUCUGUCUGCACCUCUUGAGUACAUCCACAUGGAAAUUCUUCUGGAACAUUUUCUGUACUUGUACAUAGAGAUUCAGUAAAACCUAAAGAUAUUCUUUUAUAAAAUGAUAAUAUUGAGUUGAGACUACAGACAGAAAAGAAGUAGGCUUCAUCAAGCAUCUUUCCCAGCAACCUUUCAUAAAGACAAAAUUUUGAUUAUUGUAUGAAAAUUCUUACUCUACAAACUACAAAUGUGAUAUACUCUAUAAUUAUAUUUUAUACAUUAAAAUUUAUCAUGUUUUGUACCCUCAACGUUUUUUCCUCUUUCUUAUUUUUUUUGUUUUUCAUGGAUGAAGGUUUCACCUGUUUUAUAACCUAUGUUUAAACUAAGGUCCCAAUCAUGGUUUAAUGUGUCCUCCUAAUGUACCCUGAAAUAAAAGAAGCAGAGCCUGGACUGCAGUAUCAUACUAUCUCUAACAAGCCAUUGUAUAUAUAGUGGAUUGGUAGAGACAGUGGCCGCUAUGUUUAACCUAAACUCCGACACAAAAUAAAUUAUUUUUGUAUUUUUUUUAGUUAAAAGUAGUAUUGAGCCCUUGAAAAGUUUUUGAUUAAGUACUUGAGAAAUCAGCCGAAUUUGGUUUAAACAUGGCGACCAUUCUCACAUGGCCAUACUGUCUCUCUCAAGCCAUUGUACAUAUACUGUAGCGAGAUCUAAUACCAAAUCUGUAAACUAUAUCCUCCUAACAAACUGAUGUUCCAGUUUAAAGAUCGAAGCAAUGGUAACAAUUUUUGUAUCUUUUGUAUUUGUUGAUUGCGACUGGUAGAUUGGAAUUGAGUUGGUUAACGAUUUCACUUUGAUAGUCCUAUAUUUCAUAAAAAAAUUCUCAAUACCAUAUGCCUAUGAUUGGUUUUAAACUUGAUGUACACAACAUCUCAUUUUCUUGCAGUAGUUUGUUAUAAUAUACAGGUUGGUUUGUUGAAUAGGAUGACUAUUUAUGGUUUUAAGUGACAUACUAAACUUAUCACAGAAAUCUAAUAUCGGGAAAUUUCAUUAGAUUCUGAGAAAAAUUGAAUAUAAGCGUCAUUUUCAAUAUAUAGUAUUCAAAAGUUAGCAUUUUAUAUUACAAUGUAUUUUAUUAUUUUAUAUUUCAAUUUAAAUAAAUUUGUGAAAAAUUCACUGCUUUAACCAAAGAUUUAUAUAAAAACACUAGUAUUCAUGAAAUGUACAACCAGAUGAAAACAUUUAAUUUAAAAUUAUCACGAUCAUCAGAUAUUUCUGCAUUUACAGGGUUUGUCCGGAAAGUAAUAGGACUGAGUCGAUUUAAAAAAAAAAUAUUGAGCCAAUCGUUACAAUUCUUUAAAAACUUUCAAAAUAUGCUCCUUCUACGUCGAUGCAGCGCUGCCAGCGCGAUUUCCAAGCAUUGAAGGCGUCACGGAAGGCAUUCUCCGGAAUAGCCUUGAGAGCCGUGGUGCAUGCUGCUUGGAUCCCCUCUGUCGUCUCGAAAUACUUGCCUUUCAUCGGCCUUUUCAGGCGAGGAAACAAAAAAAAGUCCGGGGGGGGGCCACAUCUGGGCUGUAGGGCGGCUGCGGAAGCGUUGGAAUGCCGGCCUUAGUCAGGUAGCUGUUCACAAGAAAGGCGGUGUGAACCGGGGCGUUGCCGUGGUGCAACUUCCAGUCUGCUGCGAUGUCUUGUUGGACCCGAUUGACAUCUGGGCAAUCAAACGAAUACUUAGUCGACGGUCUGUGUUCAAAACUUUGCGCACACGAGUCACAUUGUCGGUGUUUGUCGAAGGUCUUCCAGCACGGUCUUCAUCGACGACCUCUUCCCGGCCCCCCAAAAAGGCCUGGUGCCACCGAAACACACCACUUCUUGCUAAAGCAACAUCUGGGUAAGCCUUCUUGAUCAUAUCAAACGUCUCUGUCGCAGAUUUACCGAGUUUCACACAGAAUUUAAUCGCGUGCCUCUUCUCUAACGAACGCUGCAUUUUCGGCUUGCACAACUCACAGAAACACGUCGCGCGAAAAUGCCUGUCCUGACUCUCCAGGUGCUCGGAGACAACUGACCAGCCGCUCGUUUGUUAGCUAGGAACGCCGAAUCCAGUCGGUGCGCGCACGCUCUGAAGUACAAUCGCGGCGGAAGAAAAUCAGUCCUAUUACUUUCCGGACAAACCCUGUAGGUAAGUAUAACUAAAGAAUAAUUUAGACAUUCAUAGAUACAAUAUCUUUUGGUUACAUUUUCAGGAUAUAUUAGUCUAGUUUUGUUAAGGAUGAUUUUUUAAUCAGCUGCUGAACUAAAUGAACUUAGCAAAUGUUUUUUCUGAAUGUUAAAAUGUAAUCAAAGCGGAAAAUUUAAAUAUUCUACUACAGGAUAACAUCCAAUUUGUGUAGACAAAAAAAUGCAGCAUUUCAUGUUACUAAUGAGAAUAAUUUUAUGUGAACCUUCAAAAUAUAAGAACUGGAAAUCAAUUAUGGCGGAAGGUAAACAAUAAAAUGUUAGCUACUCAUUUUAAAUAAUUUCAUUUUCUGGUUCUUAAAUCUUGAAACACACUAUAUAAGAAAUUUAUUACUUAGAACUUUCUAAAAGUAUUAUUGUCUAUUUUAAAAAUAUAUUAUAAAUAAAAAAACGAUUUUUUUGUUUUA